AUGGCAGAACCUCACAAGCCUGGCGACGGGCCCUCGGCGCCUUCGAAUGCCCCUUCUGCAGCGGCUGAGACCACAUCAACGCCCACUGGCCAGUCCGCUUCACAUGCGCCUGCCAACGAUGGUGACAAGCCUGGCCGCAAUAAGAACUGGGACGACAGGCGCCGCCAGAAGGCCAGGAGCCGUGGCGGCCGUGGGCAAGGAGGUCGAGGAGGCCGAGGCGAUCGAGACAAUCGCGACCGCGAUGGCUCAAGAGGCGACCAAGCCCGCAUACCAAACCCGCGCCCCGCUGAGCGAAAAACCCGAUUCGACCCGGCCCUCGUCCCCGAGUCCAACAUGAGCAUCCCCUUCUCCGCCGAGGAGAUUGCCGCCGAGGACCGCCGCCCCAAGCGCAAGGUCGCCGUGCUGAUUGGGUACGCCGGCACCGGAUACAAGGGCAUGCAGAUGAACCACCACGAGAAGACCAUCGAGGGCGACCUGUUCGCGGCCUUUGUCGCCGCCGGCGCCAUUGCCAAGAGGAACGCCGACGACCCCAAGAAGUCUAGCUUCAUCCGCUGCGCCAGGACUGACAAGGGCGUGCACGCUGCCGGCAACGUCGUCUCGCUCAAGCUGACCAUCGAGGACCCCGACAUUGUCAGCAAGAUCAACGAGAAGCUGCCUGAGCAGAUCCGCGUCUGGGGCAUCCAGAGGACCAACAAUGCCUUCAACUGCUACCAGGCCUGCGACUCGAGGUGGUACGAGUACCUGCUGCCCAGCUACUCGCUCCUGCCGCCCCACCCGCAGAGUUACCUGGGCAAGAAGAUCAUCAGCUCUGCCGAGGAGAAGGGCGUGUCAGAGGAACGCUUCAAGCCUUGGAACGACAUCAAGGAGUUCUGGGACGAUGUGGAAAAGAACGAUAUUCAGCCCAUUCUAGCCAAGCUGGACGACAAGACCCGCGAGGAGGUCGUACGAUUAAUGCAUCUUUCUACCGAGGAGAUUCAGCCAGAAGACGAGCCCAAAGACCUCUCGUCCACCAAGCGAAAAGCCGAAGAGGAGACUGACUCCGACGCCCCAUCCAAGAAGGCCAAGACUGAGCAGACCGAGGUUGACCAAAGCGCUGAGACGAUUGCUUCGGGAGACGCAGAGGUAAAGGAAGGGCAGGCUGAAGAGACCAAGCUCGAGGAUCCUACGGCAGCUUCAGAUCCGAUGGAGGUCGAUGGGAAGCCAACAGAUCCCCCAACUGAGAAAGUCGAAGACACAACGACCGAAAAACCCAAAUACAUACCCACACCCGCCGAGCUUGCCCUGCGCGAAAUCAAGACGGCUUAUGUGGCCGCCAAGCGCCGGUAUCGAGUCUCACCUGCGCGCAUCCAGCAGCUGCAGGCCGCGCUGGACCAGUACCAGGGAACCAACAACUUCCACAACUACACCAUCAAGAAACCCUACAAGGACCCCUCGGCCAAACGCCACAUCCGCUCCUUCGAGGUCAACCCCAGCCCCAUUCAGAUUCGUGACACCGAGUGGCUGUCGCUCAAGGUCCACGGCCAGAGCUUCAUGAUGCACCAGAUCCGUAAGAUGGUCGCCAUGGCUGUGCUGUGUGUGCGGUGCGCCGUGCCUGUCUCAAUCAUCAAAGAGACCUACGGCCCGACGCGGAUAUCCAUCCCCAAGGCGCCCGGUCUGGGCCUGCUCCUCGAACGGCCUGUUUUCGAGAGCUACAGCAAGAAGGCUACGGGGUCAUUUGACAGGGAACCCCUGGAGUUCACAAAGUUCGAUAAGAAGAUUGAGGAUUUCAAGCAGGAACAUAUCUAUAAACGCAUCUAUGAGACGGAGGAGAACGAGAACUCAUUCCACAUCUUCUUCCAUCAGCUGGAUAAUUUUGAGACGGACUCCUUCCUCUGGGUCACCGCACACGGCAUCGAGGCCGCGUUUCAGCCUAAGGAGAGAUAUGAUCCUAAGCUCAUCAAGGCUAUCCCAAAGGCAUUGCAGGAGGAGGAGGAGGGCGACGAGGACCCCGAGAACGGCGAGGGCUAG